AUGUUCGCAGUGAAGUCAAGUCUCUCACUCCUCCGAUCUCCGACGGUCUUCUCCGGCGGAACUGAGAAGAGGCACCGUAGAGUUUUUCCACGGUCAUAUGGACGGCGGAGAGUUCAGAUUCAAGCAGCGAUCAGUGGCGGGGACAGCAAGACUACGACGUCGUCUCCGAUGGAGAGCAAAGGGAGCAACGAGUCAGUUCCACGUGGCUCGAGUGGUGGUAGCAGCAACGGCGAAGUGAUGCAUGUGAAGGCGGUUGUGACGAUAAGGAAGAAGAUGAAAGGUAACAAUAUUGUUGAAGAUCGGUUAGAGUAUUUCAUCAAUGGUGCUGGUCAGGGGAUACAGAUUCGGGUCGUCAGUGAACAAAUUGACCCAGAGACUAAUUGUGGAAAGAGUAUGGAUUCCCACGUAAGAGGUUGGCUGCCGAAGCCGUCAAACAUUCCAUAUAUUGUGGAAUACUCAGCUGAUUUCACAUUGCCAAGCGACUUUGGAUCCCCUGCUGCUAUUCUCAUUACCAAUCUUCAUGCAAAAGAGUUCCACUUAUUGGAAAUCAUCCUUCAUGGCUUCACUCAAGGACCCAUUUUCUUCCCAGCAAACACAUGGAUUCAUUCAUGUAAAGACAACCCUCAAAGUAGAAUCAUAUUCAAAAAUCAUGCAUAUUUACCAUCACAAACACCACCUGGUAUCAAAGAUCUUCGACGUGAGGACUUGCUAAGCAUAAGGGGUAGCGGUACUCACCAAGAAAGGGAAAGAAAACCAUAUGAUAGAAUCUAUGAUUAUGCUACUUAUAAUGAUUUGGGCAACCCUGAUAAAGAUGAGGAACUUGUUAGGCCUGUCCUUGGGGAUCAUGACAGACCUUAUCCUCGCCGCUGUAGAACUGGAAGACCUCCCACUCGCUCCGAUCACAUGUGUGAGAGUAGAAUUGAAAAGCCACAUCCUGUUUAUGUGCCACGCGAUGAAACUUUUGAAGAAAUCAAGCAGGCCACAUUUUCUGCUGGAAGAUUGAAAGCUGUGCUCCACAAUCUUAUACCUUCACUUGCAGCCACUUUAUCCAAUUCAGACAUUCCUUUCAAAUGUUUCUCGGAAAUUGACAACCUUUAUAUUGGUGGUGUUUCUUUAAGAGAUGAAGAGCAUAAAGGGAUUAUGCAAAAUCUCUUGGUGGGAAAGGCGAUGAAAGAGGUCGUAAGUGCUGGACACCGGUUGUUGAAAUAUGAAAUCCCAGCAGUUAUAAAAGGAGAUAAAUUUUCUUGGUUGCGGGACAACGAAUUUGCAAGACAGGCCUUAGCUGGGGUCAAUCCAGUGAAUAUUGAACUAUUGAAGGAGUUUCCCGUCUGCAGCAAAUUAGAUCCAACUGUCUAUGGCCCUCCUGAAUCAGCAAUAACUAAGGAACUACUGGAGGAAGAACUUGGUGCAAUGAGCUUGGAAAAGGCUAUGGAGGAAAAGAGACUAUUUAUUAUUGAUUACCAUGACACACUUCUGCCAUUCAUCAAGAAGAUGAACUCCUUGCCUGGGAGGAAAGCUUAUGCCUCGCGGACGAUUCUCUUCUAUACAAAGACUGGUAUUUUGCGUCCCAUAGCUAUUGAGCUUUCGCUUCCUCGAACACAUUCUUCCCCACAAAAUAAAAGAGUUUACACAAUAGGCCAUGAUGCCACAGCACACUGGCGUUGGAAGUUAGCAAAAGCUCAUGCUUGCUCAAAUGAUGCUGGCAUCCAUCAAUUAGUAAAUCAUUGGUUAAGGACUCAUGCAUGCAUGGAGCCAUAUAUAAUUGCUACUCAUAGACAAUUAAGCUCAAUGCACCCCAUUUACAAGUUGCUACACCCUCAUUUGCGCUAUACAAUGGAAAUUAAUGCACUUGCUAGGCAAAAUUUAAUUAAUGGAGGGGGUGUAAUUGAAGCUUGUUUCAGUCCUGGAAAAUAUGCAAUGGAGCUUAGUUCAGCAGCUUACAAGAACAUGUGGAGAUUUGAUAUGGAGUCUCUCCCAGCAGAUCUCAUUCGGAGGGGCAUGGCAGUAGAAGACCCUUCAAUGCCUUUUGGUGUAAAACUUGUGAUUGAUGACUACCCUUAUGCUGCAGAUGGACUCCUAAUCUGGUCUGCCAUUAAAGAAUGGGUAGAAUCUUAUGUUGAACACUUCUAUUCUGAAUCAAAUUCAAUCGCAUCCGACGAUGAGCUCCAAGAAUGGUGGAGUGAAAUCAAGUUUAAGGGUCACUAUGACAAAAGGAAUGAACCUUGGUGGCCUAACCUUGAUACCAAAGAGGACCUUGCUGGCAUACUUACAACAAUUAUAUGGGUUGCUUCAGGUCAACACGCUGCUAUCAAUUUUGGACAAUACCCUUUCGGAGGGUAUGUGCCUAACCGUCCUACCCUCAUGAGAAAACUUAUCCCACAAGAAAAUGAUCCUGAUUAUGAGAAGUUUAUUCAAAAUCCUCAGCUUUUCUUUCUAUCAUCAUUGCCUACUCAACUUCAAGCUACCAAAGUAAUGGCUGUUCAGGACACACUGUCGACUCAUUCGCCUGACGAAGAGUAUUUGGGACAGGUGAAUCAUCUGCAUAAUCAUUGGAUCAAUGAUCAUGCAGUACGAAAAUUGUUUAGUAAGUUAUCUACUAGACUUGAGGAGAUAGAGGAAAUAAUAAAUGCAAGAAAUAAAGAUCCACAUUUGAAAAGUAGAACCGGUGCAGGUGUUCCUCCCUAUGAACUGUUGCUUCCCACGUCAGGCCCCGGUGUAACUGGCCGUGGAAUCCCCAACAGCAUAUCUAUAUGA